AUGUCUCUUAAACCAUAUAAACAAGCUUCAUCAACAGUUAUCGUUUUAUCUGAACAUUACAACAAAAAUAUUCCACAUUCGUUUAAUAGAAAAGAAAUUAAAGAUCAUCGAGAAGAUGGAAUAUUGCUGGAGAUCCAUUAA